CAGAGAAUCAUAGUGGAGAGAAGCAGAGUACAAGCAGAACAUGAACGUUGACGGAUACGUGGCACGGGGAAUGGUGGGGAGGCCCGUGGAGGAUCCCUCGGUUCCUCAGCGGGUGCUGGUGGCCGGUGGCGCAGGCUUUAUCGGCUCGCACCUGGCGCAGCGGCUGCUUGGGGAGGGCCACUUUGUUCGCGUCGCAGACGUUGUACCCAACGAGUACUUUGCGCCCGAGGAGUACUGCUCCGAGUUUGUGGAGGCCGAUCUUCGCAAGGUUGAAGCUUGCCGCAAGGUGUGCGAGGGAAUGGACUGGAUCUUCUGCCUCGCGGCGGACAUGGGCGGCAUGGGCUUCAUCCACUCGAACAACUCGGUCAUUCUUUACAACUCGACCAUGAUCACUCUGUCGAUGAUCGAGGGCGCGCGGCAGGCCGGGGCCAAGCGGUUCUUCUUUGCCUCGUCAGCGUGCGUGUACAAUGAGGCCAAUCAGGAGGAUCCCAACUCGGCCGAUCUGACCGAGAACCUGGCCUGGCCAGCCAAGCCGCAGGACGGAUACGGCCUGGAGAAGCUGUACGGCGAGGAGGUGUGUCUCUCGUACGGGCGCGACUUUAACAUGGAGACCCGCAUCGCUCGUUUUCACAACAUCUACGGCGAGCGCGGAACAUGGAAGGGCGGUCGCGAGAAGGUCCCGGCCGCAUUUUGCCGCAAGGCCAUCGCCUCGACGUCCACCUUUGAGAUGUGGGGUGACGGGCUUCAGUCGCGCUCGUUCUGCCAUGUUGACGACUGCGUCGAGGGCAUCCUGCGCCUCUUCUACUCGCCCUUUGUCCUGCCCAUCAACCUGGGCUCGUCCGAGAUGGUCAACAUGCGCCAGCUGGCGCAGCUCGUCAUGUCGUUUGAGGGUAAGGACCUCGAGUUGGACCACAUCCCCGGUCCCGAGGGCGUGCGCGGACGCAACUCGGACAACACUGUCAUCAAGGCCGUCCUCGGGUGGGAGCCGCAGAUCUCGCUUGCUGACGGCAUGCGUCGCGCUUACAAUUGGAUCAAGGCUCAGAUCGAUGCCGAGAUCGAGGCCAGCGGCGAACUCGACAUUGAGACUCUUUAUGCUACCUCGAGGGUCGUCGCCCAGCAGGAGCCCGAGGGCGACGAGUUUGCUGCCCGCGCCGAGUAGACCCCGUCUGUACCCCACACUUGCGCCAUUGAAUCAAUGUAAUUCUCUU